AUGGGCGACAAUUUUCAAAAUAAUAAAACAAUGGCACCUGUGAUGAUGGACUAUGACUUCAAAGUGAAAACGCAGAAUGAAAGAUCUAAAGUAGAAGAUUUAUUCGAUUUCGAAGGUUGUAAGGUUGGCAGGGGUACCUACGGCCAUGUAUAUAAAGCCAGAAGAAAAGACGGCUCAGACACGAAAGAUUAUGCUUUGAAACAGAUAGAAGGGACUGGCCUUUCCAUGUCAGCUUGUAGAGAAAUCGCACUUCUUCGUGAGUUGAAACACCCUAAUGUUAUCAACUUGAUCAGAGUAUUUCUCUCUCAUACUGAUCGUAAAGUGUGGUUACUCUUUGACUAUGCUGAACAUGAUCUUUGGCAUAUUAUAAAGUUUCAUAGAGCUGCUAAAGCUAACAAGAAGUCUGUGAUGGUACCAAAGGGAAUGGUGAAGAGUUUACUUUAUCAAAUCUUAGAUGGUAUACACUACCUUCAUUCAAAUUGGGUCUUACAUAGAGAUUUGAAACCAGCUAACAUUUUAGUAAUGGGAGAGGGACCUGAAAGAGGAAGAGUUAAGAUAGCUGAUAUGGGAUUUGCUCGUCUAUUCAAUGCUCCUUUGAAACCAUUGGCAGAUCUAGACCCAGUGGUUGUCACAUUCUGGUACAGAGCCCCAGAGUUGUUGCUUGGAGCCAGGCAUUAUACAAAAGCAAUAGAUAUCUGGGCAAUUGGUUGCAUUUUUGCUGAGCUGUUAACAUCGGAGCCAAUAUUUCAUUGUCGACAGGAAGAUAUAAAGACAAGUAAUCCUUAUCACCAUGACCAGUUAGACAGGAUAUUUAAUGUUAUGGGAUUUCCACAGGAAAAGGAUUGGGAAGAUAUUAGGAAAAUGCCUGAACAUGCUACUUUAGUUAAGGAUUUUAAAAGAUCAAAUUAUCAGAACUGUUCUCUUAGUAAGUAUAUGGAUAGACAUAAAAUUAAACCGGAUAGCAAAGCUUUUAGUUUGCUCCAGAGAUUGUUGUUGAUGGAUCCCAAUAAACGAAUAACAUCAGAACAGGCUAUGCAGGAUCCAUAUUUCACUGAAGACCCUCCAACUACUCCUGAUGUGUUUGCCGGAUGUCCGAUACCGUAUCCUAAGAGAGAGUUCUUGACGGAUGAUGACCAGGAAGAUAAAAGCGAUUCAAAAGCUAGACAGAAUCAACAACAGCAGCAGCAACAACCUAAUACUCAACAAAAUCAAGUACAAGCAAACAGCCAUGAUCACGGAGCCAACAAUGCGAAAAGAAUGCGGAUGGCUGGACCAAAUCAAGGCAAUAACAACACAACCGGUGGCCAACAAGAAUUCCAUCAACAGCAACAAAUGAUGUUUGGUGGACAACAGCAAGGUGGCAAUUCUCAACAACAAGGCAAUUUUCAGCAAAGAUAUUAG